AUGUUCAACUGGCAGAUCGAGAAAAGAGAUCAUGCCGUUCUUGCAGAUGAGCACAACAUCAAGAAUAUGCUUUUCCUCUUACCAUGCUACCAAGCCCUUGAGCCCUUUGACAGUGAUUUAUAUGCGCAAUGUGCCGAUACUGGAACGAAUCUUGGUGCUGGCUGCGUUCGCCUCAGACCGGAUAAUGUUUGGCUCGGGAUAUCCUGCCUUGAGGUGGACUUCUUCGAUCCUUGCUAUCUUUGA